AUGCAUGGUAAUAAACGACGUUUAUACGAUCAAAUGAAAUUGUAUCAGUACGAUUUAAAACUACACGAUCAUAUCUAUUUGAAAGUACGGCGUGAUUAUGAAAAUUUCUUAAAUUCCUGCACGAAAGGAUUUCUAAAGCAUUGUUCAUAUGAUGAUCUUACACGACACUAUCAACUACAGAUUGCUCUACAUCUUGCAGCUUUCUACGGUUUUUUAGAAUUAGGACAUUCUGCCUUGCGAUUGGGUGCACGAAGCGAUCGUCCAGUUGGUGAACAUCCAUGUAGACAAUGGUCGAGUGAAAUAACAGUACAAGAUAUGCCUGAGAUGCUUAAAUGUCCCAUUCAUGUAGCCAUUGAACGAGGACAUAUGAAAAUGGUCGAUCUUUUUGUAAGACAAUCAGUUUUGUGUACUCAAGUUCCGCAUCCAAUAUCUGGACUGUUACCCUAUCGUAUGGCAUUAUCAUUGUCUAUGUCAUCGAAAACAAAAGUGGAAAAACAAAGUUACAGUCAAAUCUAUUUUUAUCUCCAUGAUAAACAAUUCAACUUCAAAAUUCCAUUGAAUGCUAGUGGUGGUUAUAGUUCCAGUUUAUUAAUAUCGAGUACAAACAUCAAGUCAUUGUAUCAAUCAUCAUCAUAUCAGGUCUUUUUUUCUCUGCCACGUUACUAUAAAAUAAUCAGAUGGUAUGAACGAGCACAAGAACGUGUUUGGAAAAAAUACGGUGUUUACAUCCAUAGUUCAAUUGAAAUCAAACGAUCCUAUCAAAGUAAAGGUUUAUUAGGUUAUAAAGGUGGUACACGUCUUUUAUUAAUUCGUGAAAAUUAUGAUAUUAUUUUAUUUGAUGCUCAACAAAAUGUUGAAGAAUGUAUUAAAUUUCUUAGACAAUGA